UACCGCCGCCGCUGGGACGCCGCCUUCCGCUCUUACCUCACCCGAUUGGACGCCCGCAAGCCCGUGGCGCUUUGCGGCGACCUCAACGUCGCCCACGGCGAAAUCGAUCUGCGGCACCCCCGCGCCAACCGGCGCUCGGCCGGCUUCACGGCGGAGGAGCGGGAAGGCUUCGGAGCGCUGCUGGACGCCGGCUUCCUCGACUCCUUCCGCCAUCUUUAUCCCGACGUUCCCCACGCGUACACGUUUUGGACGUAUUUGGGCGGGGCCCGGGAGCGCAACGUCGGCUGGCGGUUGGAUUAUUGCGUCAUCUCGCGCCGCUUGGAAGGGGCCCUCUGCGACAGCAAGAUCCGCAACCGCGUCCUGGGGAGCGACCAUUGCCCCGUCGCCCUCUACCUCGCCCUAUAG